UAUUUAACUCUGGGAAAUCAUUUAAUGAAUAAGAUCAAAGCUGUACGAAAAUGACGUUUGAUAUAAGCUUAUUGGAACCAAAGGAAGUUUCCAUAAACUUGAAAUUGUUUAAGCUAUUUCGAUUUUUUCAUCUAUUUGAUCCAAAAACAAGAAAAGUUUGCAAUGUCAACGUUUACCAUUUAGCUUGGUAUUUCAUAAACAGCGUUCUUAGUUGUAUAGUAAUUUAUGCAUUGUUGGGUUAUUUUACUGAGACGGAAGGUGUCACAGUCGUCGUCUUUCAUAUACAGAUAAUGUUCUUCUGCUUGAAUAUUUCUCUGUGUUUCAUUAAAAUAAUUGUAUUUUUAUACAAAGCAAAUAACAUUUGGGAUUUGCUCCGUGUUACUGAUAUAAAUUUUCUAACGAGCACACACUGCCAAACACAUAUAGGAAUUCUCCAUAACUAUCGCAAAAAAUCAAUAAAAAUUACAAAUAUCACGUGUGUUCUUGUGUUUAUAAAUGCUAUCGAAUGGACUUUGUAUCCUUUAGUUCUGAAUUUAUUACAAGGAGAAGACGCAAACCAAUCAAAUCGACGCCUUGAGAAUAUGUUCAACCUUCGGUUCCCGGUGACCAUAAACGACUAUAAUAAUAAUUAUGUUAUAUUUUUUAUUAUGGAAUCAUCUUUUGCACCGUUUAUGGUAUACGUAUCCGUAAUGAUUGAUGCCUUCUUUGUUUCUGUCUGCUAUGUUCUGAUUGCUCAGUAUGAGAUGAUAAAAAGAGCUUACGAAAAUGUCAACAUUAAAUUGAAUUCAAAAAAUAAUAAUGAAAACAAAAAUGAUUUUAAUGUAAACGACUGUUUUGAUGAUUUAGUAUCAAUUAUGACGGAUCAACAAAAACUUUUCGCGAAAUUAAAAUUAUUUUAUUCUGCGUUUAAGAUUAUUAUUUUAACAACUGUAAUAACGAAUUCGGGGUCUAUCAUAAUUUUAACAUAUGAAUCAGUUGUGAUAUUGACGUCAUCAGAAUCUAUACCAAUUCUCAGUGUAAUCAAGUUGAUAACAGCAUUUGUUUACAUGAUAAUUGUUUUAUUUUUCCUUUGCUAUUUACUAGAACACAUUAAUAAUAAAAUGGAAUCCGUCCAUUUUGGGAUGUAUAGUUGUAAUUGGACUUCGAUGAAUUUAAGAUCGAAAAAAAUGUUGUUGUUAUCAAUGCAGUUGAAUAGUGCUAACGAAUUGAUGAUUAAAAUAACACCGAGAAAAAUUGUCAAUUUACAAUUUUUUAGUAGUGUAAUAAUCACAUGUUACAACGUUCUAUCAGCUAUGUUGAAUAUACAAAAUAAAUAA